CCACACAGGAAGGUCACACCAUCCCCCACCAUCAUCAGAGUGAAGAAGUGAAAGACAUCAAAGCUGAGGUUAAAGAGGAAGAAGAAGAGAGGUUGGUGAGUGGAGAUCAGCAGUCUAUGGAGGAGGGUUGUCCUCUGGAUUCCCACAAUUCUACACAGGAAGAUCUCCAAUAUACAGAGAAUGGGAGAUCAGGAGAUCAGCAGUCUAUGGAGGAGGGUUGUUCUCUGGAUUCCCAGAAGUCUACACAGGAAGAUCUCCAAUAUACAGAGAAUGGGAGAUCAGGAGAUCAGAAGUCUAUGGAGGAGGGGGAGAUGAUUAUGAAAAGUAAACCGGUGGAAUCUUCUCUAAAUAUCAACACAAAUGGACUCUAUCUAUGGAACUCUACUGAGGGACAUCUUGUUGUAUCUCACAGUUGUAAUGUAGACGAAAAUGGAAUUGUACGAUAUUUUGUAGGAGUAAAUCCCGUCACUCAAAGCAUCCAUCACAGACCUUCCGAUCCAGACCGAUCGAUCCAUCCCUCUAAUUGUGAGGAACCUCCACAUACAUCUAAUGGUGAUAGUCAGGAUGUCCAUCUAAGACCUCACAGUGUGCCGAGAUCACCAGAUCCAUCCAAUCCCAAGGAAUGCUCUUCAAGCCCUCAAGGUGAUCACACAGGAGUGGACCCAUUAUCGUGCUCAGUGUGCGGGAAAUCUUUCAUUGAAAGCAAAAAUCUUCUCGCGCACCAGAAAAGUCACACGAGGGCGCGUCCUCACGCGUGCUCCGAGUGCGGGAAAUGCUUCAUUCACAAAGGAGCCCUUCUUCGACACCAGAAACAUCACACGGGCAAUCGUCCUUAUUCGUGUUCAGAGUGUGGGAAAUGCUUCAUUCACCGAGGAGACCUUCUUCGACAUCAGAAAAUUCAUACAGGGGAGCGUCCUUUUUCAUGUUCAGAGUGCGGGAAAGCUUUCAUUGAGAAAAAUAAACUUGUUAUACACCAGAGAAGUCACACGGGCCAGAGUCCACAUUUAUGUUCAGAGUGUGGGAAAUGUUUCUCUCAGAAAUCAGACCUUCGGAAACAUCAGAGAAUUCACACGGGCGAGAGUCCUCAUUUGUGUUCAGAGUGCGGGAAACGUUUUAUUCAGAAAUCAGACCUUCUUACACACCAGAGAAUUCACACGGGUGAGCGUCCGUUCUCGUGUUCAGAGUGUGGGAAAUGUUUCCUUAUGAAAACCACACUGGUUAGACACCAGAGAGUUCACACGGGGGAGGGUCCUUAUUCAUGUUCAGAGUGCGGGAAAUCUUUUAUUAAGAAAGAAAAACUUGUUAAACACCAGAGAAUUCACACGGGUGAGCGUCCGUUCCCGUGUUCAGAGUGUGGGAAAUGUUAUACUGGGAAAUCAAAACUUCUUGCACAUCAGAGAAUUCACACGGGCGAGAGACCUCAUUUAUGUUCAGAGUGUGGGAAACGUUUCAUUCAGAAAUCGGACCUUCUUCGACACCGGAGAAUUCACACAGGUGAGCAUCCGUUCUCGUGUUCAGAGUGUGGGAAACAUUAUACUCAGAAAGCAAAACUUCUCGCACAUCAGAGAAUUCACACGGGCGAGAGUCCUCAUUUGUGUUCAGAGUGCGGGAAAUGUUUCAUUCAGAAAUCAGACCUUGUUAAACACCAGAGAAGUCACACUGGCGAGCGUCCUUUCCUGUGUUCAGAGUGCGGGAUGUGCUUUACUGAGAAAGGCGCACUUCAUAGGCACCAAAGAAUUCGCUCAAGUGAGUGCCCUCUCCUGUGUUCAGAGUGCGGUAAACGUUUCUGUCUCAAGAAAGCACUUAUUACACACCAGAGAAUUCACACUGGUAAAUAGCCUUUUUCAUGUUCAGAGUGCGGGAAGUGUUUCGCUAAGAAAAAAAAACCCGCUUCUUGCACACUAGAGAAAACACAGCGGCGAGCGUCCCUUCUCAUGUUUAGAGCGCGGGGAGUGUUACACGGAGACGGCAAAACUUCUUGCACACCAGAAAAAUUCACAUGGGUGAAAGUCCUUAUUUAUGUUCAGAGUGCGGGAAACUUUUCAGAAAUUAGACCUUCUUAAACACCAGAGAAUUCACACAGGCGAGCGCCUUUUCUUAUGUUCAGAGUGCGGAAAAUGUUUUAGUCGCAAGGAAGCACUUACUACGCACAAGAAAAUUCACACCGGGGAGCGUCCUUUAUUAUGUUCAGAGUGCGGGAAAUGUUUCACUGAGGAAAGAGAUCUUAUUACACACCGGAGGAGUCAUACCACCGAGGGUCAGAUUUCCUCCUAGUGAGAAAAUCGGAUUAUAACCACAUGAAGAUAUACAGAAGAAGGGAGUAACCGCUCAAGUGUGAUUGUUGAACCUCUUCACUGGAUCCAAAGCCACGGGUGCUGGCAAUGCAAAUGAUAAUGCAAAAAGUAGGAAGGAAGGUUUGGA